ACCUAACGACGUCGUUUCAUCCUCGCUCGCCUUCUGUCACUGGUAGAAAGCCAGUCUGCUCUCUGCCUUCUUCCUUCUUGGGAGCUCUCAACUUCUUGAGAAGUACACCAUUCUUGGGGAGCUCUCUCAAUUUCCCUUUUUUUAAUCUAAUCUCCCAUAAAAGUAAACACCAAUCAUCACCCACCCCCGCCAUUGGUUGACCUUCUCCACCUACUUUCUUUCUUUUUUCCGUUUUCUUUUUCUUCAACUGUAAUCUCUCUGAUCGCUGUUCUUCACAAUUUUAAUCGUUAUCGACCCAUCAGACCUCCUGUUCGUGUCGGCUUCAAAUCUUGAAAGGAGUUUCAAUGGAAUCCCUAUCCAUACCGAAUCUCCCGUUGUUUUUCUCCAUGUUCGUCGUCAUCUAUCUCUUAGCUUACUUCGUUGUUUUCCGAAGUUGGAGCUCCAAGACCCGACCCGAAGCCGCCUCCUGCCUUAUAUCCCUCUUCCAUGGAACUCCCGCCGCGUUUUUGGGCACCAGGGCCAUCCUCGCCGAUCCGAAUCGCGGGUUUUCCUCCACCAAUAGCGUGACCCAGAACGCCGUUCUUGAUUUCAGCGUCGCAUACUUCUGUAUGGAUAUCCUCCAUUACCUGAUUUUCUAUCCUAGUGACGUUCUCUUCAUCGGCCACCACUUCGCCACCCUCUUCGUCUUGCUCACCUGUCGCUACGUCGUUUUCCAUGGCGCCUACGCAGUGCUCGGGCUGCUGGUCCUAGCGGAGGUCACCAGCUUCUGCCAGAAUGUCUGGACGCUUGCCAGUGCGAGGAGGCGCGACUUGGUGCUCGCCGCCAAAGUGUACGGUCUUAUUUCCCCUUCGUUUUAUGCUUUCUAUAGCGUUGUUAGGGGUCUGUUUGGACCUUUUUUUGUGUACAAAAUGGGGUUUUUUUAUUUGAGUGGUGAAGCUGAUGGUGUGAUUCCCAAGUGGGUAUGGGUUUCUUGGAUGAUUGUUGUUGUUAUGGCGAUUUCUGUUAGCAUAUUGUGGAUUUCGAAUUUGUGGGUGGAGUUGUACAGAGAAAGGAAGAGUAAAUUGGAGAAGAAGAAGUUCAGUUAGUGGAGUUCUUCUUUGGGUCUUGUUCAUUUCAUGCUUCAGCUCUGAAACAAAAAACGCUGGGAACUAAAAAAUUUGUAACAAAUUUGAGAUGUGCUAGGUUAGGAAAAGGAAAUUGACUUAGUGUUUGCUUUAAAUUAGUUUGUUUUGGUUUCCAAGGUCUUCACUUUUUUUUCCCCCUUUCCGGAGCAUGUUGUUAGUGAAUCUGAAAUGUAUGUAGUUGUUUCUACGUUCUUCAAGAUGUCUGGAGGUUUCUUUAGGUCUUGAAACUUAAAAUUCGUGUACCUGUACUUGUUCUUAUCUCUUUUUCUCCCUGUCAAUAAAACCAUCUGGUUGGUUUCCAAUA